GGAUUUUUCCCCUUUUUCAACUUAAGAAUGUUGAGUUUAACCCUGAAUUUGGAGCCCACUGGGUCCGGCCUGUGCGCUCUGAGGGCGCGUCCAGGCCCUGAGGCACCUCCAUGGCCAGGGCACAGCAGGACCCACAUUGCCAAAUUCCCAUUAAAACCCUGGAAUGGUGAGGUGGAGGAGACACAAGUGAACAUUCUCCCGGUGAUGAUUCCAAGAGCUUUCUCAGUGACUGACUCUGAAAGAGUCAGAGGAGGCAAACCUUUAGAAACAGCAGGAACUGAAAAGAAGGAAACACAGAAAAAGGCCAAGACAAGGAAGGAAAGAAAGAAAUGUGGACAGUGUCUCUAUACCCAGGGUGAUAAAAAAGGAGGGAAGAAAUGGCCAGCUGCAAAAACCUCCAAUCUGAACAACUCCUUUUUGACCCUGCAGAGCGGGGUGGUUUACCAGGACAAAAACGCCACGGCCCAGCGAAUAUCCUCAGCCAGGAUCCACAAAAUCAAAGAGCUGAAGAACGAAAUAUUCGACCUGCAAAGGAAAAUCGAGACCUCGAGCUUCGAGAACCUGGCUUUGAAAGAGCUGAACCGGCGGCACGCCAGGGCCAUCAACAGGUACAGCAACGCAGAGAGCCACCUGCAGGAGCUGCUGGCAGGGCAUCGGAACGAGCUGACAGACCUCAGGAACCUCCUGAAAACGUCCCAGGAGGCCGAGAAAAACACAGCCCGGGAGCUGAAAAAAGUUGAAGCGGAGCUGAGGAGAACUAAAGGUGAUCUGAAGACUUUGCUCGCGCUGUCAGAAGACAAAGCUCUGGCAGAGAGGGAGGAACUUAAUCGCAGGUUGUCAGUCCUCAACAAAACAUUGGAAGCAAAGGAUGAGAGGAUACAGAGUCUGGAAAUGCAGCUGAAGCUGAACAGCAGCACCUUUAGUCGUCAGCUGGCAAGUGAGAGUAAAAAACUCCUGGAAGCUACAAUGACCACAAAGAACUUGCUAAUGGAAAUUAACAUCAUUCACCAAAAAAUUAAGGAAAAGGAUCGACAACUUUACGUACAGAAUAUUUAUGCAAAUCGGAUGCCAAAAGCCCUGAGGGACAGAAGUGAUUGGGAUCCUCAUGACCAAAGUCUGAGAGUAGACAGAUCAGUACAAGUAGAUAAAGAGAGUUUCAGAGAACUGCUGCUGUCCCAGCACCAGGAAACAAUAAAAAACCCAAUCCAGCUAAAAAAGGAGAAAAGAAGAGAUAAGGAUGGAGAAGGUAAAGCAAAGGAAGUGUGCUCAGAUGGCCAGGGUAGAAAAGAAAAGCAAGCAACCAAGAAAGUGCCAGAAACUUCAAACAGGACACACAGAGAGGGCAAACUACUGAUGGAAGAACGCAAAUUUUCAGAAUUUAUUAAAGAAAUGGAAAAAGAGACAGAAGUUCUUAAAAAUGAGUUGAAAACUCUGAUGAAAUCUGAAAAAAAUCCUCAAAGAGUAAAAGAGAACAAUCACGAGGGAGAGGCAGUGGAAGAAGUUGAAAAAGAAGAGAAAAACCACUAUGAGCAGCAAAAAAAGAAAGCCAGGAGUGAAAGUGCAAGUCCAAGCAAAGACCCCACCAGGCUGAAAAAAAAAUACAUCUUCUCAGAAGCUGUUGAGAAUCUGCAUCAGGGCCUCCACACUUCAGGUGCCAAAUGCAAAGCAGGCAGCCAGAGACAGAGCUGCAGUGACACUGCUGUGCCCAGGGGGAAAAUCUCCUUUGGGGCUUAUGAACCCUCUUUUGGGCAAACCCCCCUGGGCUGGCAGGACAGCCCCUCUGGAGUGGAAGAAACACCUGAUGAAGGAGCUCUCUGGGGAGGAAUGUUUGCAAGGAGACAACUCCUGCAGUGCCAGCAGCACAAGGGUGAAGGCAGACAAGUGAGGGGGGCAAGGCAAAUCCCAAACUCCAUGCCAGGGUCCAACUCUCCUCGUUAAAACCAGCUCCUGAGGAUACACAAUUGUUCCUGAUAGCUUAGUACAUCAGCUUACCUUUGGAAAGUUCAAACAUUCAGAUUGUUACAAACCAAAUGUUUUACUUUCAUUAAAUGUUUAUUAAAUCUUACAAGCACUUG